CGAGGAUUACGAUCAUGAGGAUUAUCCUGGUAUCGUUUCGUUCCUCGAUUUUUCAAAAUUUUUGUAUAUAUAUCAUCGUGUUCAAUUUAUAUCUUUUCUUUAACAGUGAAAAUUGUCGAGUUCGAACAGUGAUAUUUAUAUAUUUAGUAUUUAUUGUAGUGAUUAAAGUUGAGUGAGUGAUCGAUGAGUGACCUAGGAUUUCAAUUUCUUUUUCAAUCUACUGUUCAUAUAUUUUGAGUUUAUUACUCGUUCAUUUUCUUCGUGUUUAAUCUCUACUUUUUAUAAUAGCGAAGUUACUGAGUUUCAACAGCGAGAAAAUAUUUAUUACGUUGGCGAUCAAAUUGCGACGUAGCUAAGAUCUAACAUUGAUCACGAGGAUUAUUUCAAUUUUCUUUUCUUCAAUUUGAUUUGUUCGCAUAUAUAUUCAGAGUUUGUCGUUCGUUCAUUCUCUUCGUGUUUAAUUUUCUACUUUUAAGAAUUUAUAUUAGUGAUUAAAUUGGUUGCGACUGAAUGAUUUUAUUGUUAAUACAAUACGUUUAUAUGUUAUUCGUAGGUACUUUCGUUAUUCCUGGCAGUCAGUGCAGCAAUUACUAUUGUUGACAAGCACGAGAAGACCAAAUCUUUCGCAUCGAAGAAACAUGACAAAAGAGGGCUCGUGAACUUGGAAUACGGUAUACCUGAACAUGUGUUUGGUCCUCAAGAACCGGCACCUGUUAUCGAGUCUUCUGUUCCGGAAGUAGGUGGACACUUCGAAUCGGUGAUAGCACCAGUGCCUCCUCCUCUACCGCCAGCUAUACCACCAGCAGCCCCUGCAGUUGCAGUACCGGUGCCUCAGCCAGUGGCACAUCCGGUCCCAGUCGCAGUUCCUGUGACCAGACACGUGCCAGUGCCUGUACCAGUGGAUCGUCCUGUUCCCGUACCGGUAGCCGUUCCAGUCCCAAAACCGUAUCCGGUGCACGUGGAGAAGAUCGUACACGUUGACAGACCAGUGCCAGUGCCAUUUGAAAGGCCAGUCCACGUGCCAGUGGAUCGGCCAGUGGCUGUUCCCGUUCCGGUACCGAAACCAUAUCCGGUUCCCUUCGAGAAGGUGGUCCACGUGGACAGACCUUAUCCUGUCCACGUAGCAGUGCCGUAUCACGUUCCCAAACCUUAUCCCGUACCUGUUGCCAUUCAUGCUCAUAAAACACACGGCUGGUUUAAAAAAUCUUGGAAAUCUUUUAAUGAAAAUUACAAACCAGUUAUUUUGACUGCGUUGACGAUUCUUAAAUCUGAACUGAUAUCAUUGAAUUAUCCAGUUGUAUGUAUUUUCAUUCUGUACGUUGUUAUUGGACCAUUUUCGUUCAUGCAGUUCAGAGAUGCAGAGAUUUUCAUGAAAAGAAUCAAGAAAAUGAAGCCUAAGUGUUUUGAAGAUGAUCGAGUAUUUAAAAUGUUAUUUAAAACUUUAUUGAUUUGCGAUGAUAAUUAAAAAAAAGUAUACAUCCAAGUAUUUGCAGAGAUCAAUCACUUGAUGAAGAUCAUUUAAGAAGUGGAUCUUGGAAUUGUUUCUUAUUUUUUUAUGAAUGCAUAAAAAUCGGCAAUUUAAUUCAGCGUGCAUCGAAAGCAAUUUAUUCAGACAAAAUGGAGAUUAUUUAAAUCUUCAAAAAUGAUCACGAAGUAUUAUUAAUCGUCGUAUCAAUAUCUCACGACGAACGAAAUUCCGUUCACGGAGAAUUAAGAGAUCAAAAGAACGAAUUUCAACCGCCAAGAAUUUUUGUAUUGAUGAACUUUUUAAUGCAGAAUUAACGAGGAUUAACAGUCUUAAAAAUUUUUCUUCUACUAAUUUUUAUACCUUUUUUUUAUAGGUGUUUCUCGUAAUCGUAGAUGACUAA